AUGUAUAUCUGUCAUGCAUUAGUACCGAAAAAUAGCGUAUGUGCUCUUUCAAGUUGGACUGUUGAGACUACCCAAGCAUUAUUUAAAGGUUCUAUAGCUCCGGACGGCGAUUAUUACACUUUCUUGGGUCUGAAAUAUGGCAAAUCUAUCACCAACGAAAAUAGAUUUAUGGCACCUCAACCGGCGGACGAGUACUAUGGUUUAUACUUAGCAGAUUAUACGAAGCAUUGUUUACAACCACCAUCGCAAGGACCAAAUGCUGGUAUCGAAGACUGUUUAGAAUUGAAUAUUUAUGCAAAAAAUUAUAUUGCGUCUCAACCUGUCAUAGUCUGGCUAGAAGGAGAGGAAUAUUUGUCCACUAAAAUUAAGACAACAUUCCGAAGACUCGUUCAGAAGAAUACAAUUGUGGUAUCAUUGAAUUAUCGUGUAUCCAUUUUUGGAUUUCUUUGUCUUGGUGUUCCGGAGGCUCCUGGCAAUGCUGGCCUUAAAGACGUUAUAUUGGGGCUACGAUGGAUUAAGGAAAAUAUAAUUCAAUUUGGAGGUGAUCCGAACAAUGUUAUGCUUCUUGGACAUGGAUCUGGUGCUGCAAUGGUUGACCUGAUCACUAUGUCACCACUCUCAAAAGAUUUGGUACAUAAAGCAUUCGUUAUUAGUGGAUCAGCAUUAGCACCUUGGGCUAUAUCCUACGACCCAAUCGGUUAUGCUAAUAUUGUAGGAGAAAAACUAGCUUACUCUGGAAAAACUCCGAGAAAAUUAGCAGAAGAACUAAAAUCUAUUGAUAUUGACGUAUUAUUAUAUGCAUUAAAUAUUGAAUUUACCAAUAAUACUGUCUUAUUUGCUCCUUGUGUAGAGAACGAUAAACUUCAGGACCCCUUUCUUUAUGACACUCCAAUAAACAUAUUGAAAAAUGGUAGUUUUAACCAUAUCCCUUAUGUGGCAGCUUUCGCUGACAGAGAAGGAACAUUAAGAGCUAAUAAAUAUAGUGAUUGGCUAACCAAAAUGGAAUCAAAUUUCAUUUCGUUUAUUCCAAGGGAUUUAGAAUUUGGUUCUGAAAUGGAGAAGACUUUUAUGGGUAAUUCCAUACGCGAAUUUUAUUUCAACAACAGCGCUAAUAUUAGUAUAAAAGACUACCUGGACUAUCAUGGAGAUACCUCAAUUAUUGUACCAUUAAUAAGAGGUGUCAAAGUCAGAGCAAAGAUGUCGAGAGCUAACGUUUAUUUACUUGAGUUUGCGUACCGUGGUUCAACAAUCGAUGACUGGCCGCAUCCUAAUAUACCACUGAAUGGUGUUAAACACGGGGAAAUCCUGGAAUAUUUAUUUGAUAAAGAUAUGACCAAGCAUGGAGAAAAUGCAAAGACAUCGCUUAUAAAUUAUAUCUCAUCGUUUGCGAGAACCGGGAUACCCAGUUCCAACGCUGUAUCAGAGCAAAAAUGGUUACCAGUUCAAAGUAAGAGUUUCAACUAUUUGUAUUUUGGUGGUGUACAUGGUAAUCCGCACACAGAAGUACUACAACGGGAUCCCCAUGCAGAAACCGUGACGUUCUGGAAUGAUCUUUACGAUAAUUUCCAUAAGAUUCCGAAUGAAUAUUCAAAUUCGACAGAGUACCUUAUAUCAAGACAAUUAUCGUACUGCCAUAAUGAAAUAGAAGAAAGUAUGUUCAAUAUUAAUAAUGAACCAAUAGAAUUCCCGCACAGCCAUAAUGAAAUAGAAGAAAGUAUGUUCGAUAUUAAUAAUGAAGAAUGCCCACACAGCCAUAAUGAAAUAGAAGAAAAAGCCGCUAUCGUAUCUGGAAUUGAAGAUGAGAAAAAUGAAGUGUAA